AUGGAACGGGAAGGAUUCGCGAGGUCGACGGGUUCAACAAUACACCUCCAACUUCCGCUCUGGCGGAAAACGAACAACCUCCACCCUCAGGCUGCCCCACCAACAACUGUUAUCUCUAAACCCCGGAACACCGACGGCCAGUCGACUCCCUGUGGCGAGAAAACGAAAUCGUGUCCAGGACAGGUGAGGCACGGGAAGGUGGGAAAGGGAGGGCUCAACGAGACUCCCUGCGGGGAGAAUGUUUCAAGAAGCCAGGGUUUCACAACGAAAGAGAGACCUAAGAGAGAGGUGACAUCAGCGAACAGCUCAACAAGUAGGCUUCCCGUAAGGGUUUUAUUUAGGCCGCACAAAAUAGAUUGGGAAGAACAGCCGGACGUGAUCCGAAACAACGAGCUUAGGUUUGGUACGAAGGCGGAUGGUAACGAGAACGACGGCGAGCAGCGAGUAGAGCAAGAAAAGCGACGUCGAGACAGAACGUACGGCGAAUUAAAGGAACGUAGAAUACUUCGGAUACCGUCGUUGUGA